UCGCCAGUCGCCACCGCCGCCGGCGGCGGCAGCGGCUUCACGUCCAGCUCGCUCCGACGCCCUCUAUCGUCCGGUGGUGCCGAUGGAGGUUUCCCUUGUGCUCUCCCAGUGCCGGGGAGCCUGCCUGCCUGCCUGGGACAGUGGGACGGGUCUUUCACAUAGAUGCCGCUGCUUUGACCACGGGCGCAAGGUGUUUGCGCAAUUGCCUCACAUUGCUUGGUGUUGUCGAGGGCCAGGUCUGCAAUGGAGUGCAGCUCUGACGAAUCAUCAGAACUAAGUGAAACAGACAUUGAUGACUAUUCUGAGAAGUCAUACUUGAACCUGAAGUCCGGCAAACUUGUGGCAAGGCUGGGCAGUGACAGGUUCAGGUGCCCAUUCUGUCCGGGAAAGAAGAAGCAGGACUACCGUUACAAUGAGCUGCUUCAGCAUGCUGUAGGGGUUGGCGCAUCCAACCGUGCUGCAAAGGUUAAGGCAAAUCACCAGGCCCUGGCCAAACUCCUCAAAGAGGACCAUGCUGAUGCAGCAGCCACAUUGCCACCACUACAGGCUAUUGCGCUGAGUAACCCUCCAAAGUCAGUGAAAGAUGAGGAAGUGUUUGUUUGGCCCUGGAUGGGUAUCCUCACAAAUGUUCCGGCCGAACAAACUCAGGGGGGUGGAGCCAUACUGAUGAAGCAGUUAGCUGACUUCAAACCCUUGCAAUAUACUGCUGUAUAUGGUGCCAAUGGGUAUACUGGUUGUGGGAUCGUCCUCUUCAGCAAGGAUUGGAUUGGGUUCAAGAAUGCACUAGCAUUCCAGAACUUUUUCAAGUCACAACGCCUGGGUAAAAUGGACUGGAAGGAGACAAGGCGGCAUGGAAACUAUGUAUUUGGAUGGCUGGCGGGAGAGGAGGAUUACAAAUCAGAUGAUCCAGUUGGUAUGUUCUUAUCAGCAAAUGGUGACCUGAAGACAGUGUCUGAUCUGGAACAGGAGAUGUCGAGCAAAACUGACAAUCUAAUAGCUAAUUUGACACAACAGAUGUCUGCUCAAAGCAAGUACGUGCAGGAGCUAGAGUGCAAAUGGAAUCAAAUGAAUCUCUCCCUUCAAAGAGCCAUGGAAGAAAGUGACUUGCUGCACAAGCGUUAUAACGAAGAAAUGCGGAAUAUGCAGUCUGCUGCUCGUGAACAUACACAGAGAGUUUUUCAAGAGACUGAUAAGCUGAGAACACAGUUGGUCGAGAAAGAGAGGUACAUCCAAAGGAGAUCCAGGCAACUAAAUGAAUUAGUUGCUCAAACUGACAUGGAAAGAAGAAAAUUGGAGGAAGAGAGAAAAAAGAAUGCUGACCAAAAUGAUUCCCUCAACAUGGCUCGAAUUGAGCAACAAAAAGCUGAUGAACGUGCGCUACAGCUCCUUGAGAAACACAAGAAAGAGAAGGAGGCUGCUUUCAACAAAAUCUUGCAGUUAGAAAGGCAGGUGGAUGAAAAGCAAAAGCUGGAGCUAGAUAUUGAACAACUUAAAGGCAAACUGGAGGUGGUGAAACACAUGGAGGGAGAGGGUGUUGAUGUGAAGAAACGUUCCGAGGAGCUGACAGCAGAACUGAACGAAAGAAUCGAGGAGAUGGAAGAUCUUGAAUCUCUCAAUCAAACUCUUGUUAUUAAAGAAAGGAUGACCAAUAAUGAGAUUCAAGAUGCAAAGAAAGAGCUGAUCUCGGGUUUGGCAGAAUUAUUAGGUCCUCGUAGUAACAUUGGAAUCAAGAGGAUGGGUGAACUGGAUGGGAAGCCCUUUCUUGUGGCUUGCAAGCAAAGAUAUGGAGACGAUGCUGACAUGAAAGCAGCUAAACUUUGCUCAUCAUGGCAAGAGCAACUGAAGGACCCUAAUUGGCAUCCUUUCAAGAUAGUGACCACAGGCCCAACGGCAGAGCAAGUCAUUGAUGACAAGGAUGAGAAACUGGUGGGUUUGAAGCAGCAGCUCGGUGAAGAGGUUUACAAGGCUGUGACCACAGCUUUGCUGGAGAUCAAUGAGUACAACGCUAGCGGCAGCUACGUGGUAUCUGAACUCUGGAACAACAAAGAGAAUAGAAAGGCCAACAUUACCGAAGCCAUACAGCACGUCCUGAAGCAGUGGAAAGCACUGAAACGUCGAAGAUAGAUAUACAUCUCGCUGAAAAAAAGCCAAGGUUUGGGAUAGCUAACUAUCAGCAUCACCGGCAAGUCCAGACGCUACUUCUACUGAAGAUGGUCAAUCCACGGCUGUGUUCACCUUGGAGGGCGCAAGCUCAACUAGCUUAAUUUAUCAGUUCCUCUUUUUUGGGUCUAAAACAAGUAGAUUGGAGAAUAUCCUAGAGUAGACGUUCUCUUUCAGUCUUUGGUAACUGUAAUCUUGUCUGGUGCUGCCAUUACUCUGUGACAUGUCUCCAAUAGUCCAAUGUGCGAUGUGUUGCUCCUGCUACAAAUUUCGUUGACUGAAUGCGGUUUCUGGUUAGCAUUGCUUUUC